AUGUCCUCCAGAAGCUUUUCUAAGGCCGUGAGGUCGCCAUUGGCCCGCCAAUUGGUCAAGCCCGCCGUCCAGCGACGCACCUUCGUCUCGGCCCUCAACGCCGUCCGCGCCACUGCUGUCGCCCGCCCUGUUGCCGUUGCUGGCCCGGCCCAGCAGCAGGUCCGCGGUGUCAAGACCAUUGACUUUGCUGGCCAUCCCGAGGAGGUCUUCGAGCGUGAGGAUUGGCCCAAGGAGAAGCUCCUGGACUACUUCAAGAACGACACCCUUGCUCUGAUCGGCUACGGCUCUCAGGGCCACGGUCAGGGUCUCAACCUUCGCGACAAUGGCCUGAACGUCAUCAUUGGCGUCCGAAAGAACGGCAAGUCCUGGAAGGAUGCCGAGCAGGAUGGCUGGGUCCCGGGCAAGAACCUGUUCGAGGUCGAUGAGGCCAUCUCCAAGGGUACCGUCAUCAUGAACCUGCUCAGUGAUGCUGCCCAGUCUGAGACCUGGCCUCACCUGAAGCCCCAGAUCACCAAGGGCAAGACCCUGUACUUCUCUCACGGCUUCUCGCCCGUCUUCAAGGACCUCACCAAGGUCGAUGUUCCCACUGACGUCGAUGUCAUCCUCGUUGCCCCCAAGGGUUCCGGCCGUACCGUGCGAUCUCUCUUCCGUGAGGGCCGUGGUAUCAACUCCUCUUUCGCCGUCUACCAGGACGUCACUGGCAAGGCUGAGGAGAAGGCUAUUGCCCUCGGUGUUGCCGUCGGCAGUGGUUACCUCUACAGGACCACCUUCGAGAAGGAGGUCUACUCUGACCUUUACGGUGAGCGUGGCUGCUUGAUGGGUGGUAUCCACGGCAUGUUCCUGGCCCAGUACGAGGUUCUCCGUGAGCGUGGCCACAGCCCCAGCGAGGCUUUCAACGAGACUGUCGAGGAGGCUACCCAGAGCUUGUACCCUCUCAUCGGCGCCAACGGUAUGGACUGGAUGUACGAGGCUUGCUCCACCACCGCUCGCCGUGGUGCCAUUGACUGGAGCCCCCGCUUCAAGGAUGCCCUGAAGCCCGUCUUCAACUCCCUGUACGACUCUGUGAAGAACGGCGACGAGACCAAGCGCUCUCUCGAGUACAACAGCCAGCCCGACUACAGAGAGAAGUACGAGGCCGAGAUGGAGGAGAUCCGCAACCUGGAGAUCUGGAGGGCAGGCAAGGCCGUCCGGUAG